AUGCUCAGACUACCACGACCACGACUACGCUCGACCAACCCUCUUGGCUUGCGCUAUGCCAGUGGGUCGACAUACUCACCUCGUCGUAAACUUGUUCUCGCCACUGGGGGAGUUGCUUUGGGUGUUGCAGCGACUCUAGGCUUCGGAUCUAAACUUUACCUCGACGCUGCUACUGUUGCGAUACCAGCUCCUCCUCGACGCGCCACGGAAGACGCUGACAAACCCUCCUUUGGAACGUUGUUGAGGACCUAUGUGGUGUACACCAUGUGCUCCAUUCCCAAACUCGUAGACUCUGCCCCGUGGCUAUUAGAGACAUGUACAAGCAUACCAGGGCUUAGAUGGGCUACUGAGGCACUCGUACGAGCCACAUUUUUCAAUCAGUUCGUGGGGGGUGAUUCCGCCCUUGAGACUCUCCCGGUCCUCAAGGCCCUACGACAGAACAACAUCGGGACACUGUUUGCUUACUCCAUUGAAGUCGAUGAGGCGGAGGCGAUGUCAACAGCCGGCUCCGGCUCUUCCCCAACGAGUCCCCACCAGGCUAUAGUGAAUGAGAUGCUUAAUUGCAUUGAUGUUGCAGCCGAAUUUGAGGCUCAGAUGGGUGCGAGAAAGACGGGAAGACGAACAUGGGUUGCCGUCAAGAUGGCAACAUUGCUCCCCGAUGCCAGUGCCCUUAUUCGUCUCUCCUCUCACAUAAUCGCCACUCGCAGCCCAACACCAUCACCUCUUGUCGUCUUUCCAGGAAAUCCUACCGCAUCUGAUUUAGACCUGCUCUAUUCUCCCAAAUCACCCAAAGGACAACUUUCCGAUAACGACCUCGAGAUGCUUCGGGAACUACAUCAGAACCUGGAAGCUAUUUGUGCCCGUGCUGCUGCUAAAGGGGUCCGAAUCAUUCUUGAUGCCGAGUAUUCAUGGUAUGAGCCCGCGAUUGAUGCACUUUCCCUUGCUUUGAUGAGGCGCUUCAAUGCCGGGCCGGAUGGGCCAUUAGUCUAUGCAACAUAUCAGGCCUAUCUUCGACGCACUCAUGCUCAUCUCGUCCAUGCCUUGCGUGAUGCCAAAAAGCACGGCUAUGCUCUCGGCGCAAAACUUGUUCGUGGUGCCUAUCAUCCCCAUGAGAUGGCAGCCCACGGGACAAGCGCUCUAUCUAUCUCACCAGACUCGCUACCUCCAGUAUGGGACGCAAAAGCCGACACUGAUGCCAACUACAACGCUUGUACCGAGCUUUUGCUUGAUGCUGUUGACGCAGAUGUGACUCGCAAUAGCCAUACUGUCGGUGCUCUGUUUGGCACACAUAAUUGGACAAGCAGCAAUAAGAUUCUGGCAGGGUUGGAGCAGCGUGGACUCGGUAAUAAGACUUCUGACGGGAGAUUAAGAGUAGAGGAACGUGUAGGCGAACGCGUUACGUUUGGUCAACUUUACGGAAUGUGCGAUGAUUUGACGCAGUAUCUUUCGCAAAAGAUAGACUCGUCUGCACCUAUGGUGAUUAAAUAUGUUCCUUAUGGUGCUCUAGUCGAUGUGAUGCCAUACUUGAGUCGCCGUGCCAUAGAGAACAAGAGUGUUCUGGGAGAUGAUAAUGCGCAGAAAGAACGUCGUAGAGCAUGGAGAUUAAUGGUUCAGCGGAUUUUUGGAUAG